UAUCGAAGCGCCACACAGCGGCUGUUUCCCAAAAGGCACCAGAGUUUCGCCCCCCCGGUAUUCUAUACUCUUUGACCUCGGGGUGCGCAUUAUUUUAUAUGAAUUCAACGGCCCAUCGUCAAUUAUUUCUUAACUUAUAAUUAAGAACCAUUUUACCCAAAACACCUACUGUGGACACACCUGGACCUCAUCACUUCCUGUUUGCUGAGAGAGCGUGGUUUGAGACAGAGCUCCGUCAAACUUUUUCUAAAUAUAUCGUUUAUUCCUGUUAUUUCUUAAUAUUUAUAUUGUAAAUUGAUAACUCACAGAGGGUUAAACCUAUCCUUAAGUGUAUCCCAUACCAAAUAUCGUCAUAUAACGCACAGAUAGAUUUGUUUUAUACGAUCAUUCGCUAUUAGCACUCAGGCUGUUAGCAUUCCCAGCCUUUAGCUUCUGAAUAUUGCCUUUACUGCUUAACUCACUGUUCUCAUUAUGACACCACUAAUGGCUAAUGAUUCAGAUAUGUGUUUAACGUUACCUCUGAGUGCAGAUGAUGAAUCUUUCUUCGCACUUCAGUCAGAACUGGAAGUAUUGGAGAAGCAGAUCCACGAUCUACUCGAGAGGCAAACACGUCUGCGAGAACGUAAAACGGCGAUGGAAACAUCCCGGGCUGACGCUCGCAAAGCUGCGAGCCCAGGCUUCAAGACCACGACGAGCCGAAAUGAACUUCACUCCUGCACCUGCACACACACGGCGGAAGGCGAAAUCCAGGACCGGAGCGAUGACCUCUCCCCCACCGCCGCGACCGGUCUUCGAGAUUUCUACGAGAAAUCGCUUUGCCGCCCUCUGCGAGACGAAAUCCAACGCUGUGGUCAUCGGAGACUCAAUCGUCCGGAACGUACGCGCCUCCUUCAAUGAAGGUAAGGUGCGCACUCACUGUUUUCCUGGCGCCCGUGUUCUCGAUGUGUCUGCGCAGGUAACUGCGAUUCUGAAGGAGGAUGCAAGAGUAGGAGCCGUAGUUCUGCACGCGGGGGUGAAUGAUGUGAGAAUGCGGCAGUCGGAGAUCCUGAAGAGGGACUUCAGGAGUCUGGUCGAUACUGUUCGCAACGCAUCGCCCACGGCGAGGAUCAUCGUAUCAGGGCCGCUUCCAACUUACCGACGAGGGAACGAAAAGUUCAGUAGACUAUUUAUGCUUAAUAAUUGGUUAAUGUCAUGGUGUAUUGAACAGAAGCUGCUCUUUGUAAAUAAUUUUGAUCUGUUCUGGGAGCGACCAAGGCUUUUCCGCCCCGACGGGCUGCACCCCAGCAGCAUUGGAGCGGAAAUUCUGUCUGACAACAUCUCAAAGACGCUACGCACCAUUUGACUAGUAAGUACAAAUUUUAACUACAGUCUGUGUUCUUCUCACCCAACUGUUAAGAAUGUUACUGCUUUCAAAUGCAUAGAGACUGUGUCUGUCCCCCGAAUAAUACAACCAAAUAAUAAUUUAUUUAAAAGUCAGAGAAAAAAUCUUAUCAUGAUUAAACCAAAAGACAAUAUAUUUAAUGAGCAAAACCAACGCCUAAAGUUUGGGCUACUUAAUAUUAGAUCACUAAAUUCAAAGGCAGUUAUUGUAAAUGAAAUGAUCACAGACAACAGUUUUGAUAUACUUUGCCUCACUGAAACCUGGCUUAAGCCAAAUGAUUAUUUUGGUCUAAAUGAGUCUACUCCUCCAAGCUACGGUUAUAUUCAUGAGCCACGUCCGGUUGGUCGAGGUGGUGGUGUCGCAACAAUAUUUAGAGACUUUCUUACCGUUACUCUGAGAACAAUGCAUACAUUUAAAUCAUUUGAAAUGCUUGCGUUGAACAUAACAGUUCCAAACAAAAGUAAAAAAUCAUUGGUCUCUCUUACAUUGGUUACUGUGUAUAGACCCCCUGGGCCUUACACUAAUUUUCUGAUAGAGUUCGCAGACUUCUUAUCGGAUCUAUUGGUUAACGUCGAUAAAGUACUGAUUGUUGGAGAUUUUAAUAUCCACGUAGACAGUGCUAACGAUCCAUUAGCUGUGGCGUUUAAAGAACUACUAGACUCUUGUGGUGUAACACAAUACAUCAAUAGACCUACUCAUCGCCUUAAUCAUACCCUAGACUUGAUUAUAUCUCACGGAGCCGAUCUAACCAAUAUCGAUAUUAUACCUCAAAGCGACGAUGUUUCCGAUCACCAUCUUAUAAUAUGUACACUGCGCACUGCAGAAAUCAGUUGUAUAUCUCGUUAUCGACAAGGUAGAACAAUCACCUCAACUACUAAAGAUAGUUUCGUAAAGAACUUGCCAGAUCUGACUUCUCUAAUUACCUUUCCAACGAAUAUAAAAUUGCUCGAUGACAUGACCAGCAACAUGGGCACUAUUUUCUCUAAUACAUUAGAAGCGGUCGCACCUAUGAAGUCAAAAAGGAUAAAUGAAAAGAACAUAGCACCAUGGUAUAAUAACACCACUCGCGCCCUAAAAAGAGAAACGCGUAAACUGGAGCGAAAAUGGAAACAAACCCAAUUAGAGGUCUUUAAAAUUGCAUGGAAAGAGAGUGCAAGCUGUUACAAAAAGGCACUAAAAGCAGCAAAAGCCGAGCACUUCCGUAACCUCAUAGAAAAUAACAAAAACAAUCCAAGGUUUUUAUUUAGUACAAUUGCUAAAUUAACAAACAAACAGACUCCACCUGACCUGGGUAUUCCGCCGCACCUUGGUAGCAAUGAAUUCAUGAAAUUUUUUACAGAGAAAAUCGAAAUAAUACGAGACAACAUAGCUAAAACCAAACCUCCAAGUUUGUCGGAAGAAUUAGUUUCAACCGUCAGACAAAAAGAAAAGCUAGAGUGUUUUUCUCCUAUAAAUCAGGAAGAUUUAAUUAAAAUUAUUGCAACAUCCAAACCGACGACAUGCUUAUUAGACCCCAUUCCGACUACUUUAUUAAAAGAGUUACUACCUGCUGUAAUUGAGCCCAUUUGUAACAUAAUCAACUCGUCUAUUAAUCUAGGACAUGUCCCAGGACCCUUUAAACUGGCUGUAAUUAAGCCUCUUAGCAAAAAACCAAAUUUAGACCCAAAUGAACUUGGAAGCUAUAGACCGAUUUCAAAUCUCCCGUACUUGUCUAAAAUACUAGAAAAAGUAGUGUCAACUCAACUGUGUACCUUCCUACAAAAUAAUGACAUGCACGAAAAGUUUCAGUCUGGCUUUAGACCGCAUCACAGCACUGAAACUGCGCUCGUUAGAAUUACAAAUGACCUUCUUAUUGCUUCAGAUAAAGGAAACAUCUCACUCUUAGUCCUGCUUGACCUUAGUGCUGCUUUCGAUACUGUAGACCAUAAAAUACUACUAGAUCGUUUACACCAUUAUAUCGGUAUUCAGGGACAGGCACUGCAAUGGUUCAGAUCUUACUUAACAGACCGAUAUCAAUACGUCCAUUUAAAUGGGAAAUCGUCAAAUCUUACGCAAGUCAAUUAUGGACUACCUCAGGGAUCGGUUUUAGGACCCUUGCUUUUCUCCAUAUACAUGCUGCCCCUCGGCAACAUUAUUAGAAAACAUGGAAUUAGCUUCCACUGUUAUGCAGAUGAUACUCAGCUAUAUAUCUCAUCAAGACCAGAUGAUUCCUUUAAGCUAUCCAAACUGGCAGAGUGGAUCGAGGACAUAAAACAUUGGAUGACUAGUAAUUUCCUCCUUUUAAACUCUAGCAAAACAGAAAUAUUACUUAUAGCACCAAAAUUAAGUAAACCGAAUAUCUCCGAUUACAGCCUGCAAAUUGAAAGCUGCACUGUUACUCCAACAAAUACAGUUAAAGACCUAGGCGUUAUAUUAGACGGCAACCUGUCAUUUAAAAAUCACAUCUCAAAUAUCACAAAAACAGCCUUCUUCCACCUUAGAAAUGUUGCCAAAUUACGAAAUAGUUUAUGUGUUGCAGACGCAGAAAAGCUUAUUCAUGCAUUUGUGACCUCACGGCUUGACUAUUGUAAUGCUCUACUUAGUGGUUGUCCUGUAUCAUCGAUAAACAAACUACAGUUAGUUCAGAAUGCAGCUGCCAGAGUUCUUACUAGGUCAAGAAAAUACGAUCACAUAACCCC